AUGACUUCUUACGAAUAUGAAUAUGAGACGGUCGAAGAACCACGUCGACAUCGAUCUCAUCGUCAUCGAAAAGAUGAUCGCGAACCAAGAUAUGCUGAUGAGCCACGUUACGUCGAAACUCAGGAAACUUAUAUUCGCUCAGCCGCUACCAAGUCUCCGGUAGCUUAUGCACCCGAUGCCCCCGUCAGAGAAAGAGAAAGAGAAAGAGACAGAGAAGUUGCUCAAACUAGAGAACUCGUUCGUCAACCUCGUCGUGAAGAUAGCGAUUUAUCAGUCGAAGAAGUUAGAAGGGAUUUUCCCCCACCAGCAGCGGGUGGUGCCUAUAUUGACCAACGUACGACGGUGCGUGAGGCUAGGUACGGCCCGCCAGCCCGUCGCUCUCGAUCCGUAGGGCGUGAUGGCCGAUACGGAGAAUACCUUAGUGACAGCAGAGGUGAUCCACGACGCUCUUUCCAAGAACUCGAUCGACGAGAUGAUUAUUAUGAAGAUGCAGAACUCGAAGAUAAACGAUCCCUUUCACGAAAUCAAAAAAUUGCAGCUGCCGUUGGGGGUGCUGCUUUAGCAGUUGGUGCAAAGGAAUUAUGGGAUCGAAGAUCGGCCGAGGGUAGACCGGUCGAGCGAAACCCGUUAGCUUCUGCUAUGGUCGGAGCUGCUGGGGCUUUGGCGGCAUAUGAGGGAACAGAACUUUACGAUAAACACGGAAACAAAGAAAAGAAAGUCAAGAAGUAUGCUGUUCACAGAGGUCGAAAUGGUGAAGUUCAAGAAACCUAUUACUCUGAAGAAGAAGAGGAGAUCAAACCCGAAAAGAAAAAGGGUCGCCGCAAGUCAAUUGUUGAUAGUGCUAUGGCUCUUGCAGGUCUAGGUGCCGCCGCAAAGGGUGUUGAACAUCAUCGAGGACGCCGAGGAAGCGGUGAUAGCUAUUAUGAGGAAUCAACCUCAAGAAAGAGCAGAUCCAAGUCAAGAUCCGGGGAGGGAACUGCCAAAUAUCAACAAGCCGCCAAAGCAGCUCUCUUAGCUGGUGCUGCGGAAGCAUUCCGAGUUCGAAAUGAGCCUGGAGCUUGGGGUGGUGAGAAGGGAAAACGUAUUCUCACUGCCGCUAUCGGAGCUGGUGGUAUUGAUGCUGCUAUUGACAAAGAUGCCGAUAAGAAGAGCAAGCGUCAUAUUCUUGAAGCAGUUGUUGGAGGUCUCGUUGGAAAUCGGGCCAUUAAUGGAUCACGAAAGGAUGUCGAAGAAGAUCCUGUUACUGGACGUUCCCGAUCCAGAUCUCGAGCUAGAUCUAGAGCACGUUCUUCAUCCCGAGGUGGAGGAGGUGGUGGUGGAACCGGUCUUGCUGCACUUGCAACUGCUGGUCUUGGGGCUAUUGCUGGUAAGAAAUUACUUGAUCGUUCCAGAUCCCGUUCAAGAGCUGGUUCUCGUUCCAGAGCUCGCUCCCAUUCACGCGGACGCAGAGAUAGUUACAGCCGCAGUCCAUCACCAGACCGUAACAAGCGUAGCAGAAGCAAGAGUGUUAGUGCAAUGGCAAGAAAGGGUUUGGCUGCUCUUGGUAUUGGAGCCGGAGCUGGAGCUGCUGCUAAUGAAGUCGGUCGCAACCGUGAUCGUAGUCGCAGCCGUAAUCGCGAUGAUUAUGAUGACUACAGUGAUUACGACGAUCGCUCAAGAAGAACUCGAGGUCAAAGAGGGGAUGUAUAUGGUAACCCACGAUAUUCUGAGUCUCGUGGAAGUGUAGACAGUCGUGGAGGUGCUAGGGCAAGGGAUGGACAGAGAAACAAGAAGGUUGCUGAAGGAAAGAAUGGAUAUACCAGUGAUGAUUCUUUGAUAUCUUCGUCAGAGGAUGAGAGGAGGGUCAAAAAGAUGAAAGGUAAGCAAUUUAUUACAGCUGGUUUGGCAACUGUUGCCACAAUUCAUGCAGCACAUAAUGUAUACUCAAGCAUGGAGAAACGUGAUGCGCGACACAAGGCUGUUCAGGAAGGAGAAAUGACCCCAGAGGAGGCGAGGAAGCUUAGGGCAAAGGCUGCAUUGCAAGAUGCAGCAUCUGUUGGAAUUGCUGCGCUCGGUAUCAAAGGAGCCAUCUCAGAAAUCAAGGAAGCAAAUGAGAUACGACACGAAUGUAAAGACUUCCGAGAGAAGAAAGGUGAACGUCAUAAGAAACGUCUUGAAAGACAAAAGAAGCUUGCAGAGAACGGCGGAAGAAGACAAAGAGAUGGUUCUCGCAGCACUUAUUCUCCCUCCGAUAGUCGCUACGAUGAUCGAUAUGAUGACCGCCGUUACAAUUCGGGUCCUCGCUAUUAUGAUGGAAAUCCAUAUGCUACAGGUUUACCAGCUCCACCUGUUGGAUAUGAAAGAUAA